CUGACUCCUCCAAUCAAUCAAGGCCAACCCACUCGUUAACUCAGACAGACAGACUGAAAAACAGAGAGAGAGAGAGAGACAGACACCGCGCCGGCGGUGGCAUACACACACCGCACGCCCAGAUAGAUGUUUACAAGGGCGACAGGUGUAGACAGACAGACAGACAGACACGAAGAUCCAUAGACUAACUCAUGAACGCACUCAAGAAGGCAGAGUAGUCCUCAGCAGCUGUCAGCAACGCAAUCUCUGAAACAACUGUUGUGGCACUCCGAAAAGCUGUCGUCUGCUACGCGAAUUGAGACUGCCGCAACAAAUACCAUCGCAAAAAACCCCGCAAUCCUCUGCGCACUCCUGCUGAAGCUCCCGAAGCUUCCCACCAUCCGCCUUAGCCGCAGAAUGGUCCCCGGAGUCGCUGUUGGCGCCACUCUUGACGUCCUGACGGUGGGUCAGAUGCUGGUGCAGCCGGCGUCGUCGCUCAGAGCAUGUGCCGCAGCACAUGGAUCCGCUGAUUGAAGCGGAAAUUGGGGUGCUACUGGAGCAUUCAAAGCCAGCCACCUGCAUGAAGGCACACACACAUACAUACAGGUCGUGAUAAGUUUGCCAUCCUCUCUGUCUAUGUAAGAAGUACCAGGUAUCCGUCGUGGCAUCCUUGGCCGGAGACAGAGGUUGAGCCGAAAGCGCAUAUGUCGGAAAACUCCGAGGGGUCACAAUUAGCACUGUGGAAGUCACACACGUCCUGAAGCUCCCGCACCACGUUCUUCUCAGCAGCGCCUGCAGCCACGGAAGAACACCAUCAUGUGCGCUGUGUGUGUGUGUGUGUGUGUGUACCUGCUGCAGACGCCACGGCAAGGGCCAGCAGUGUCAGGGAGACCAUCGACGCGUGAGGGGCCAUUGGUGCCGUACGAGGGACUGAUACAGUUGUGCUGUGGGGUAAGACCUGGUGGCAACAAAGGAGAGGCGAAAGGUUGUGUGCAAUGGGAUGUUGCCAUCGUUGAGCCGCUGAUGGUUCGA